AUGCAUCUCGCCAACAAUGAUCCUGCCUUCAUUCGAGGGUUGAAGAGUUUGUUGAAGCGGCGUGAGAGUGACUGUAUUGAAAUUGGUGAUCACGCAGUGGAAAGAGUUUUGGCAACGGCCCCAUACUCGAGAAGAGUUCCGCCCACGGUCAACGCGAGUCCAACACCAAGGCUAAUAUGGCUUCUGAAGGACCAUCUCUGUGCUUCUGCCAACAAAAAUGCGAGCGUUCCUGCAAGAAAAAAGUCGUAUUCUGCUGCUCUCUUUUUGCUUUCUUCGAUUGACGAAGCUGUGUUGAGAGGCAUUAAUCAACACAGCGAGUCGGCGGAGGAAAUGGAUUGCGGGGGUACAGUCUGUAGCUCUCGUGAUGAUUCACCGAAAGGCAUUAAGCAAAGCGUUGGUUUGUCGUCUUCCAAUGCUCGUCAAGCUGAUCGAGAUUCUGGAAAGAGUCUUUCGCGGCCUUCCUCCCACAACGCGCAGCCUGCUGUCAUUGAGGAGUCUUUCGAGAGUGCUCCCAACGAAAACCCAAAGAAAACCCAGGUACCAUCACGAAGCUCGGUGACAGAAACCAAUCCACACGAAAAACGCCCAUCAAACAACGCAAAGAAGGGAAGAUUUCUUCUCUCUGGCUUUUGCAAGGCCAACAAUGCCUAUGACGACGACGCGGGCAACAAAAAUAUCCAAAAUAUCGACGCCGCGGAACGCCGCAGGAAUUCACAAACUGUAUCCAACAAUCGACAGCCCCCGGCAUACGCCAAGAAAUCAUCUAAUUUUGGAGCUGAUAGAAGCAGCAAGCCUCAAACUGACGCGGAGCAAGCCAAGCGCAAGAAAGCUGCAUUGGCAGAAGAAGCGAAGAAGCGUGCUAGCGCUGAAAAGGCCGCAAAAGAAGCUGCUGCACGAAAGGAAGAAAUGGCGCGACAAGAAGCUAGGAAGAAGAAAGCCGCUGAAGAGGAAGCAAAAAAGAAGGCUGCGGCAGAAGAAGCUAGAAAGAAGAGGGCUGCCGAAGAGGAAGCAAAAAAGAAGAGGGCUGCUGAAGAGGAAGCUAGAAAGAAGAGGGCUGCUGAAGAGGAAGCUAGAAAGAAGAGAGCUGCAGAGGAGGAGGAAGCCAGAAAGAAGAGAGCUGCCGAGGAGGAAACUAGAAAGAAAGCUUUUGAAAUGCAGAAAAGAAAGCAGCAGGAACAGCGAAAGCGCAAAGAGGCGGAAGCUGAGAGAACAAAUCUUGUUUUGCAGUCAGGACUCAAAGAUUGCGAUCUCCGUCCUCAAAGAGUAUUUGUUCCUGCAGAUCCAAAGCCGACGAAGUCGGGCUGUCUCUACGAAAGGCCCGUGUUCAAUGUCUCAUUCACGCCGAAGGCUUUGUCGACAGAGCAGGCACAUAGCUUGGCAUCGCGCCUUGACCGGUGGGAUCCCUACUGGAGCGUUUGCAGCUACGUAGCGUGUGGUGUUACGUCGCGUGCCGGCAAAGUACCCUUGGUGGUGGAAAAGGACACUGGAAAGACUACGACAGCUCCCAUUUCAUUUGCGGCGUGCAGCAUUACGCUGCAGCACAAAGAUAUCAAAGACAUGAAUAAUACUUGUUGGGGUUCCCCCGCAUCUCCUGAAUUCAAUACAGGUCAGAAACGUUUGAUCAUGCGCAUGCUCCCCGUCGAUCUCAAUGCCCUGAGCGGCAAGAAGGGCAAAAAAAGGGCGGAUGCACAUCUCUGGCCGAAGGGGAGUUACAUCGUUGUGAACAAAUCCGCCGCUACGAUUGCUCAACGCAAGCAGCAAGCGCAUGCGCCUGAAGAAUGGAAAGGGCUUUCGCGGUCGCUAGACUUGACAAGUUACAUUUCAAAUCCCACCAGGCGCAAUGAGAUCAAGAUUUUGGCAUACGACGAGCAGGAGUUCUUCUACUGCAUUGCUUUGGUCGAAUACAAUUCAACAGCAACUCUGUCCAAGAAGCUCCUUACUGAUCCCCUAUUCGAGCACCCGUCUGUCAGCGAGAGCGUCUCCAUUGCAAAGACACAUACACAAACAGCCACCUCUAUAGACGAAUCUGACAACGAGGAAAAGGAAGAAGAAUCUGGCAGGUUUGUCUUCACCCUUACAUGCCCUUUCUCCAUGACAAUAAUGCAGAAGCCAGUUCGAGGCAAGCAGUGCAGCCACUUUCAAUGCUUUGAUCUGAAUAGCUUCCUCUCGUCGAAUUCAACGUUGCAUGGUCAGCAGUGGAAAUGCUUCAGUUGCGAGAAGUUUCUAGGCUUUCAAGACCUCCGGGUGUGCCAACUCACAGAAUCGUUGAUAAAUGAGUUUAAGGGUCAGAUUGAACCCUCCUCAAGGGACCGCGUUGAGUUUUAUGCAGAUGGCAGUUACAAGCUCCUCCCAGCUAAGAAAGCAAGAGGCAAAAACAAAAAGCGAGGUGCACCUGUAUCAGAAUCAUCGGAAAGUUCCAAAGUCAAAAAAGCCAAAGUCACCAAGCAACAAGCUGAGCCUGAAAUCAUUCUUUUGGAUUGA